AUGUUGCUGCUCAUCUUGUCUGUGCUAGGGCACCCUGCGAUGCUUCUCUUUCACGCGCUCCACUGGUCAGUUGGGGGGUACCCCGAGGCCGUCGUGGGGGAGGUUCUCAAGGGAAUACUGCCAGAGUCGGGCCGGGCACACUCGGAGGUGGCUCGUGUCGGGAAAGCCGAGUGGAUGGCUUGGUCACCUCCUGACGGUACGUUCGGCGCGAGCCCGCGCCGCAUGACGGAAUGGAAUGAUGAUUCAUCGGGCGAACUCGAGACCCGCAUUACGAUAGCUGUCAUUAUUCAGUGGCUGAUCGGUCUGAUCGUCAUGAUCGUCUUGACGUAUUGUUUCGCAUCCAGGUACAAGACAUCGAUCACUGAGAGGCGUGUGCCGUGGCAGGGCUGCCCUCCCGGUUUAGGCCUCCAGCCCACUGGGGGCAUCUGGAAGUACGAGACUUGCAAAUGCUUCGACAACUGCGACUACUGCAUGUACGGAUUUUGCUGUACGUCUUGUCGGGUCGGCGACACCUACACCAUGACCAGCGUCGGGCCCAGCUACAUGACGUACAUACAUGCCUACGUGGCAGUCGAGGUGAUCGGGCAGGUCGUCAAACUCGUGGUGGCGAUUGUCUGGGAUGCGUUGGGUUUAGAAUCGUCUAACGCGGGUGAACUGGGCAACUUGGGUUUCUACGUCGCGAACGUCUUCAUGGCGUAUUGGCUCGCGGGGCAGCGCGCGAAGCUGCGCCAGGCGCUCGGGGACCCGCAGCCGGAAACUCACUGCGCCAUGGACUUCCUCCUCUACUGGUGCUGUUCGUGCUGCACGGCCAUACAGGAGGGCAGGCAGGUGGACGAGAUCACCAACACCCAGACCAAGUGCUUUCUCCAGCUGCAGCCCCUCCACACGGCGCCCCCGGGGAUGCCCCCGACCGUGGUCGGCCAGCCGGUGGGCGCCCCCGCCGCCCCGGUCGUGGGCACGGUGGUGGCAGACCCCAAGCAGCACAGCAGUACGGCGGGGCAAACUACGGGAACGUCGCCACGUGAGCCAGCGCGGCGUGGCCGUCCAGGAGUCGAGCAGGUUGGCCUCCGACCGUCGGGCAGGCCGCGGCACUUCACGGCGGGGGAGGCUGCAGGAGCGCCCUGUGCAGGGACCGAGCAGAUGUGCAGCCCCCCUCCUUCCUCCUCCCCCUUCCUCCUCCCCCUCCUCCUCCGCGCUUGUUGUCUCACCUGCCUGUCUAUAGUGCCACACGCUCGGCGCUCGCAGCUUGCCCUCCAUUGCCUGCUGCGUGCUCGCGCUCGCCGAGGG